UUCCUCUGAGCAUUAGUCUCUGCGUUCCUCUUCCUCUCUCGUGUUUAGUGUUAGUGUCAGCAGCGUAACAAGGUGAUGAGAAGGCGAAGAUGUCAACCCGCAAACACAAAUCAGAAGAAGUGAGCAGCAACGAGUGGGAAGUGAUACACAUGAGCGAGCAAGAAGAGGAUCUGAUUCAUAGGAUGUACAAGCUGGUCGGAGACAAGUGGAAUUUGAUAGCGGGUCGCAUUCCGGGUCGUUAAAGAGAAGAGAUAGAGAGAUUCUGGAUUAUGAGAGCCACACUCACACUUCUCGACCGAACAAAUUCAACGUAA